ACAGAGUCACGGUGCUGAACAGGCAGCAGCAUUUCUUGUUCCAAGAUCACCCUUCUGAGCUGUUCUCUGGCUGCCAAAUUGCGAGGGCCAUCAUAGUGUGAUUCAAUUUCUCAGCUCCAAGCAUCAGAUAAGCCCCCAGAUAAGCCAUCCUGUGAUGGCUCUUGAUGUCGGCUGCUUCCUUUUGGCUCUGCUGUGUUCUGCCAGCUGUGAAGUCAUCACCUCCUUGGAUCAGACGUGCAUCGAGGAAGAAGCCAACAGAACGUAUAACUGUGAAAAUCUGGGUCUCAGAGAAAUUCCUGACACACUCUCAAAUGCAACAGAAAUUUUGGAUUUCAGCUUUAAUUUUCUGCCUACAAUUCAAAACGGAACCUUCAGCAGACUCAUAAAUCUUACCUUUUUGGAUUUGACAAGAUGCCAGAUUAACUUGAUACAUGAAGACACUUUUGAAAGCCAUCGUCAACUGAGCACUCUUGUGUUAACUGGAAAUCCCCUGAUAUUCAUGGCAGAAACAGCACUUAAUGGGCCCAAGACCCUGAAGCAUCUUUUCCUAAUUCAAACAGGAAUAUCCAAUCUCCAAUUUAUUCCAGCAGACAAUCUGGAAAACCUGGAAAGUUUAUAUCUUGGAAGCAACCAAAUUUCCUCUAUCAAGUUUCCAAAAGACUUCCCCACACAGAAUCUGAAAGUUUUGGAUUUUCAGAACAAUGCUAUCCACUACCUCUCUAGGGAAGACUUGAAUUCUGUGGAGUCCACCGACUUGAGCCUUAACUUCAAUGGCAAUGACAUCAAAGGUAUUGAGCCUGGGGCUUUCAGUUCAAGAGUCUUCCAGAGCUUGAACUUUGGAGGGACUUCUAACUUGUCUGUCAUAUUCAAUGGUCUGCAGAACUCUACGACUCAGUCCCUCUGGCUGGGGGCAUUUGAGGACACUUCCAACCAAGACAUUAGUUCUGCCAUGCUCAAGGGACUCUGUGACAUGUCUGUUGGGAGCCUCAACCUGCAGAAAAACCAUUUCUCUGACUUCACAGCCUCCACGUUUCAGUGCCUCACCCGACUCUGGGAAUUGGAUCUGACGGCAACUCACUUGAAAGAGUUACCUUCCAGCAUUGAGCAUAUGAACUUGCUCAAGAGAUUAGUUCUCAGUGGAAAUAAGUUUGACGAGUUGUGUCAAAUCAAUGCCACCAAUUUCUCCUCCCUUACACACCUCUAUAUCAAGGGCAACCAGAAGAAACUUCACCUUGGUGCUGCCUGUUUGGAAAAACUAAAGAAUCUUCAGAAACUUGAUUUAAGCCAUGAUGACAUAGAGGAUCCUGACUGCUGCAACCCACAGCUCAAAGGUCUGAUCCACUUGCAGAGCCUGAACCUGAGCUACAACGCACCCCUGGGUCUCCAGAGUCAGGCCUUCAGAGAAUGUCCUAGGCUAGAAAUCCUGGACUUGGCAUUUACCCACUUACACGUUGAUGCUUCACGAAGUCCUUUCCAAGACCUCCAUUUCCUGAGGGUUCUGAACCUCUCCCACUGCGCCCUUGAUACCAGCAAUCGGCAUCUUCUAGCAGGCCUGGCAGAUCUCCAGUAUCUGGAUUUCAGCGGGAACCGCUUUCCGGGUAGGACUAUCCCAAAGACCAACCUGCUGCAGACAGUGGGCAGCGUGGAGAUCCUGAUUUUAUCCUCCUGUGACCUCCUUUCCAUUGAGCCUCACGCCUUCCACAGCCUUGGAAAUAUAAGUCACAUCGACUUAAGCCACAACAGCCUGACCCAUGACAGCAUCAAUUCUCUGAGUCACCUUAAGGAGAUCUACCUCAAUCUGGCAGCCAACAACAUUGGCAUCAUCCCUGCCCAUCUCCUGCCCGUUUUGUCCCAGCAGAGUACCAUUAAUUUAAGCCAAAACCCCCUGGACUGCACUUGUUCCAAUGUUCGUUUCUUAACAUGGUACAAAGAAAACCUGCAGAAACUUGAGAGCUUGGAGGGGACUGUGUGUGCAAACCCCCCGGCUCUGAGGGGAGUGGAGCUGUCUGCUGUCCAGCUCUCCUGUGGGAUGACCGUCUUGGGCAUCUUCUUUCUCAUAGUAUUUUUAUUCUUGUUCACCAUUCUGCUCAUUUUUGCAGCUCAAUACAUUCUCAGGUGGAAAUACCAACACAUUUAGUGCUGAGGGUUUGCAGAGAAGGCAAGUAGAUGUGUUUAGCAAAAUGGCUCUAAGGGAAGGAAUCCAUGUGCUGGUGGCCGGGCUCUUCAGAGUGGUUCCUAAAGCUGGGCAAGGUCUCCGUGGGCUUUCCCAACCUUCUCACCCCUGUAAAUCCCUAAGCUAAUGAGCCUCCUUGGCAGGUCCCCGACUAGGGCCAGAGGGUCAUACGCUGCUGUGAUAGGCGCAGAGCCACUUCCUCACAUUGAACAGAGGGGACGGGGACAGGCUGUGUCAGGGACAGCCUACAGGGAGGCCACCCCCUUCCACUCACCGACAACCCUCCCAGCACCACACACACUGUCUCUGCAUCCCCUGACCCCUACGGGUGACCAGCAGCCUCCACAAUUUGGCAGUCGGAGGCCACUGCCCUGCCCACCACCUCCUGCA